GUGUCCUUUGGGGGGGGCGACAAAAAUACCUGGAACCUGGUGGAGGUAGUGGUUGCCCUGCACUGUGCGCCGCGUGCCGGUGAAUUGUUCAUUUUGAAGUGGUUAGUCUCACAUUAAACGAAUCUCUCCAGGAGGAGGAGGAAGAAAAAUGAGGGCUGUACCCUGUUUGCCCUCAGGGUACUGAUCAACCAGAUCUUGGGGGGCCUGGGCUGGCCUGCCUUGACCUGGUGGGAGGCUGUUCCCUCCUGGGCUGGGGAAGAAGGUGCUUUUUUCCCCCAGUUUCAUUGAUGCCGGCUUCCAGGUGAAGUCUAGGGUAGGAGGGACAAGCCGCAGCCCUUGGCCUUUUAAGAGAUUUUUUCCUCUCUGGCUGUGCUUUUCGGUUGGACUCCCAGACCGGAUGGCGCUCGACCCCUUUCUGUAAUGGGGUCUGUGACGAUGAACAAGACCCCCGGGCCUUCGGGUGCUUGUCUCUGUGACUCUCCUUUGAAGGUCAGGGGCACCUUCUCAGCCCUCUGCUUGGAUUGCCUAGCCCAGUAGUCACCACAACCUCUGUCGGAGGGCAUGCUGAUGCCCACUGCACACAGGAGGACGUGGAAGCGUGGAAGCUUCGAGAGCCUGCCCCAGCCCCUGCAGCUCCUGGGGCCAGAGGCAGGAUCCCAGGGAGGAGCUUGUCCAGUCCCAUGCUUGCUUCAUGGGUGGUAUUCUCAAGGUGAUUUUAUUCAAGUACCUGUGAUCACCCAGCUUUACAGACUUUCUUCAAGUUGGGUUUUGUUUUUUCAAGAUUUUAUUUGAGAGCGAGAGCAUGAGCUGAGGGAGAGGCAGAAGCAGAUGCCCUGCUGAGCAAGGAGCCCGAUGCGGGACUCGAUCCCAUGACUUGAUCCAAAACUGACGGAGACACCCAGGUGCCCCACAAGUUGGUUUUGAAAAUAAGAGGAGUUCGAGGAACAAACAGACACUUCUACCUUUUAGGUACAUGUGUGUAGGAACCAUGUUUCCAAAGAAUCGUGCCGGACACGAAGAGGGAUGGGGAACAGCAGAAGCCAGGCGGGGCAGAAUUUUUGCUCCCAGUUCCUUCCCGAGGAGCAGGCGGAGAUCGACAGACUGUUUGACGCUCUGUCGUCGGAGACACACGGCUCGGACACCUCGCCCAGGUCCUUCUCCCUGAAGGCGCUGAAGAACCAUGUUGGGGAAGCUCUUCCCCCGGAGAUGGUCACCAGACUCCAUGAUGGCAUGCGGAGGGUCGACCUGACGGGGAAGGCCAAGGGGCCCAGCGACAACGUCUCCCAGGGGCAGUUCACGGUGUCCAUGUUCCGCCUAUUGAAGGGAAACUCCGAGGAGAAGAGUCUUGUAAUCCUGAAGAUGAUUUCUGCCACAGAAGGUCCUGUGAAAGCAAGAGAAGUCCAGAAGUUCACAGAGGAUCUGGUUGGCUCUGUGGUGCACGUGCUCAGCUACAGACAGGAGCUGAGAGGCUGGACCCAGAAGAGAGGCCCAGGCCCCCCCGCCAGGGUGCAGGCGUUGGCCGCCCAGCUCUUCUCCGAGAUGGACGCUCAAGGUGGCGAGAAACUUCCGGGGCCUCAGCAGCUGGACUGUGAGUGUGACCGAGCCAUGAUCGAGGCCUGGGUGUUCAGGGCCCCCCUCGUGGCCACGUUUCUGAGCGUGGUCAUCCACAGAGGCUUCCUCCUCCUGCGCUCCCCCCUCGACCUGGCCGCCCUCAUCCCCGAGCGUCACGUUGACCAGGAGAGGGUGUUCGAGAGCAUCCUGGACGUCCCGUCGGUCAUCUACCUCAACUCCCACCUGCGCCGCGAGCAGCAGCAACGUUGGCGGCUGCUCUUCUCGUCCGAGCUGCACGGACACAGCUUCGCCCAGCUGUGCGGCCGCAUCACCCACCGGGGCCCCUGCGUGCUGCUGCUGGAGGACCACGACGGCCAGGUGUUCGGCGGCUUCGCCUCCUGCUCCUGGGAGGUUAAGCCUCAGUUUCAAGGUCGGUCCUGCCAGUGUUGCUCUUCUCCUGACUGGCCCCUGGUUUCCAUCUUGCCUCCGGUCCAUUUGCCACGGCCCAGCACGUCCGACGUGAUGUCUUCUCUUGGGAGCCCUGAAUGCUGCCUGCAGGGGCACGUGUUGGAUCUGAGCCUCAUGACGGCGCGUGUGCCCCGCUGCUCCGUCUCCGCAGACUUCCUGCAGGCUGGGCUCAGGCUCAUUCUCAGACUGAGCACAUCUGCUCUUGCUGUCCGCCUGAUCUGUUUGCAUGACCAGCUCCUUGUUGGGACUCAGCCCGAGGUCCCUUCCUCCAGGAAGCCUUCCCAGAGUGGGAGGGUCAUGGGUGCCCUGUGUGUCCUCUGUCGUGCUGUGCACUCUGCACACCUUCCCUCACGAGGGGACGACACGUGCUUCCUGUUCUCCGUCUCGCCCCGCAUGGCCGCGUACACGUCCACGGGUUACAACGACCACUACAUGUACCUGAAUCACGGGCAGCAGACCAUCCCAAACGGACUGGGCAUGGGAGGACAGCACCACGCCUUCGGGCUGUGGGUCGAUGUGGAUUUCGGGAAAGGACACAGCAAGGCCAAGCCCAAGUGCACCACCUACAACAGCCCUCAGCUGUCGGCCCAGGAAAACUUCAGCUUUGAGAAGAUGGAGGUGUGGGCCGUGGGGGAUGCCUCAGGGUCGCAGCAGGCCAAGAGCAACAAGAGCAUCCUGGACGUGGACCCCGAGGCCCAGGCCUUGCUGGAGAUCACCGGGCGGAGCCGCCACAGCGAAGGGCUCCGGGACAUCCCGGAAGCUGAAUGAGGAGGUUUCCCCGAGCUCGGGCCUGCCUGGGUGCUGGCGCCCGGACAGAGGGCAGCCUGCGGGGGCCCUCCCCAUGGCACGCGUUCAACACAGGGCCGCGCUGGCCAUGUCCAGCUGGUCUGGGACGCGCUGAAUCGGAACCCAGUAAAAUUCCUUUGGUGCCGCAUGUGGAUUGGUGGGUACACUUCGCAGGAACCCUGGGUGUCGGUUGGCAGCUUAAGACUUACAAGGCUGUUUCUUGUCCCUGAAAUCCGGAGACACGGAUGCUUGAGACCUCCGCCCGAGUUCGCGUCUGCUGGGCUCGCAUGUUCCGGCCGUGCAGGGCAGGGCUCCGCCUGCCGGGGUCACCUGGCCCCCCCCCCCCCCGGCUCAAGCCACUGCAGUUGAAAACACGUCUUGAUGUUCCCUUCCAGCUAGUAGAGGGCGGGCACGUUGGGCUGUGAGUCUCCGUGCCUUUUGGGAGCAGCUUCCUAUGACCGGAAAUUUGGGUAUUUAUCAAAAAGCACCAACAGCGAGAAAGCAGAUGACCCCACAGGUGCUUGUAAUAAGGUCCCCUCUCCCCCGCACCCUCGCAGCUGCUUUUAAAUGAGUCUGUGCCACAGUCUACACGGGUUCCAGGCAGUUCCACUGCUAACUUAAAUGGGAUUUUGGAAGCUCUGAGAGGUCCUCUGGCAUGAAUUAGUGGUGAGUAACUUGACCCUACUGGCCUGGGUUCCUGACCACUGCCUCCCGGUGGCCCCCAAAGGCGUGACGGGUCCUCUGACAGCAGGGACUCACUUGAAACGGACUUGAGUGAUCCCGGCGAGCCACCGAGACCCUGGGUGAGGGUCUGAGGCGGGGCCGGGGAAUCGAAGCCCGCUUUGAGAGGUCCCUCCUUCCCGGAUGGAGCCGUGGGCUCGGCUCUGAGACCUACACCUGGUUCUUGGGUCUUUCGCUGUCAACUUGAACUUUCUGGAGAUGGGAUGGAUAUGGGGCCUUUCAUUCUAGAACCUUCCUGCUGAGAAGCCACAGUAAACCAAGCUGUUCGCAUCUGGCAGGUGUGGCCUUUUCUCCCAGGGGGCUCCCCAAACUUUGCCCUUAGCAGUGCCCCCCGACUGAGCAGAAGGCCUUGCAAAUCAGCUUCUAAAAGAAAAAUGUGUGUCCAGACUACGCAGAGUGGCGGCCUGACCUGGACAUAGUCGUGAUCGAUUUUCCUCCUGAAAGGCCAGUUUUUCAUAAGCUGCUCAGGUACAUUGUGGGGUCUCCCCAGCCGGUGGGGUAGAAACCGGGGAGGGGAGGCUCCUCGGAUAUCCUGACCAUAAAACCAAAGAGUUCGGUCGGUCCUGCUCCUUCCAACGGUUCUGGAAUUUCUUUUGAUUAAAAAAGCAACUGAAUACCUCA